GGCACUGGUGAACAGUGAAGGAAGACGAGCUUGAGCUCGUCUUAAAAAUCUUCCCGAUGGCAGCUUGGAUAAAAGCCUGGUUGUGUGCAAAUUGUACAACAAAGAGUUUUCUGAUCACUGCAGCACUUCAAGCCGACGGUAUCACCUCAAUGUAAAACAUGUUGCUGUUAGCACCAGAGCUAAUGUUAGCUACGAGUCAUGCUAAUGGUGUAGCCAUCCCAUAAUAGACCACUUUUCUAGACAAUGCUUGAGUUUACAGAAAGUCUUAAAAUGUUGAAUAAAAUCGCUAUAAUUGUACUUAGAUUUGCAGUAAUCUGUGAAUGUAGCAGACAGAUGAAAAAUGCAGAUAAAUAGAAAUGAAACAUUUUUGUGGUUUAAGUUUUUACUCCGUCGAGGCUCUGCCUCCUUGGAGGAGGAAUAACCUAAACAACAAAAAUAUCUAAAAUCACUUUUUUCUAUAUGUCCCAUUUUCCUUUUUUUAACAUAAAUUUUAAAUUAUAAACACGAAUAUGUCUAUUCAUCGAUUCAGCUGUCAACCACAAUUUUAUUUGAAUUGAAAAAACUUCACUUAUUGUGUCAAAUAUUGCUGUUUGACAAAGCUGCAAUUAAUUGCAAUUAAUUAAUUACAAAGCCUGUAAUUAAUUAGAUUAAAUUUUUAAAUCGUGUCCCACCACUAGAAUUAAUAUAUUUUUUCUGUAUUUUUAAAAAAUGAUUAUCUGUUAAUUUCAGAAAGCAUUGACAAUCUGUACAGGUAAAAACCUUUUUUUUUCUCCAAAAAAUCUAAUUUAUUCUAUGCUGAGUUUUGCUGCUUUUGUUUUUGAAUGCCAUUCUGUUGUUUGUCUUUAUCUGUGUAAUGCACUUUAAAUCACCCCGUGUCUGAAAAUGAGCCAAACAAGGUUGAGAGCUGAAGAUGGAGGCAGAAACAGAUGCUCCGGUUGCCUUCAGGGGAAACGUCUCCCUGCUGAAUCCUGCGGGAUGUAAUAAGAGCAGGAGGCAGGGAGGUAUAAUUAGCAGCUCACUUUUCGGUUUCACUUCUGCCCUUUCUGAUUCUCUGUGUUUCAGUUUCCCCCCUCUCUGUUUUGUUUUCCUUGAAUCCCCUCUCUCAUCCCCAUCAUCUCCCUCUUGUUUUUGCAGUACUGGUCCUUUCCUUCAAGGUUGGCGGCAGCACUGAGAGCUCGGCAGAAAUCUGCUGACAUCAUCUCCCACGAUCCAGUCAUGGCUUGGCUGGGAGCGAACGGAGGGGGGUGAAAAAGAGGGCGAGAGAAAGAGGGAGAAUGGGAGGAGGGAGGGAGGAAAGCAGGAACUGGGCAUCAAGAGAGAGAAUACUGCAGCUCAGAUUCUGCACUCACACACACACACACACACACACACACACACACACACACACACACACACACACACACACACACACAUAUAUUCAGAUGAUCAUGAGGCUCUAAAACACACGCCCACAACAGCAGCAUCACUGUCCUGCACCACAGAAAGAAGACCAACCUCCACUCCCAUCUCUGCCUCCUUCGCUGUCCGUCUGCCUCAUUCUGUCUCACACACAAACACACUCUCAUAUAGACAGACACGUGCUGCAGGGGAGAUCUGAGAGCUGGUUCGCUGAGCAUUCACAUCCCCCUCCCCAUCCUUCUUCUUCUUCUUCUUCUUCUUUCUCCCUCUCACACUCUCUCCCUCUUCACCUUGUCUGUUCCGGCUGUAUGGUUUAUUGUUGCGUCAGAGCCACAGAGAGCCAGCGAGGAGCAUGCCGGGGGAGAGCACUCACAGAUCCGUCCCCGCCGACAAGCAUCCGGAGCAGGGGACCGAGGAGACGGGGCUCCCUGGACCAGACAUGACCAGACACCCGUCUACUGACUCCACACCGAGUGACAGUGGCUCCUCGCCAAGUGACAGCGGUUCCAGUCCUUCUCCCAGCACUCCACAGAAGCUACUCCCAGCAUGCACUUCUCCGUUUGGACCGCGACUGUUUCACGUGACACCCAGCUCCUCUGGGACUCCAAGACCUCAGCCUGAAGGCUCCGACCAUCGCAACAACAACACACCCAGACUGUCCGGAAAGUUAGGCGGUCAUGGACCAUGUGGCCGCCACCUUCCUGUAAAGAUGGAGAGAAUAAAGGUCCUGACUGGUUCUGAAGUGGAGAGUGACUAUCAAGAGCCACACACCAUUGACACCAGGGUGGUGAUGGGUCAAGAGACACUCCUCAAAACAACAGAGAUCCAGAAAGGGAACCCUCUUGUUGCACCAAGUGGUCAAGCUAUCCCUUUGCCAGAUAUUCCGAGCUUUUCAGCUCCUCAGGCACAAGCGAAAGAGACUCAGCUGGAAACCAGCAAAGACGAACACCAAUCCCAAAGCACUCAAAAACAGGAGGAUCAGCAAAAAGAAACAGUACAGCCCUCGACUGCUCUUCCUUUUCACAACCCCUUGUUCCCUUCCUCUAACUCCCCAGAGCCAGUCACCACAGACGACAGUUUGAUAGACAACAAGGAAGAGGGCGAGACCCUCUCUCAAGAUGAAGUGCCUUCCCUUGCUUGUUCUGAGCUUGCCUGUCCAGUUGCUUUGUCCUUCUCUGAGCCCAGCUAUACUGUCGACCCACUGCGAGUGGGCGUGCCCUCAUCUCUUGACCCAGACCUUUACUAUACCGCCCCUUCCACCCCGAUCAAGAUGGCUUCUCGCUCUUCGCACCUUAAACAUCAUUCAUAUCCGGGCUCGCCAGCCUGCCCUCUCUCCCCUGGCUCUCCCUCUGACAGCGAGGACCUCUGUUCGCCUCUCACCUCCCCUUCUGGCUCUUAUAUCACAGCAGAGGGAGGCAGCUGGGCCUCCUCUUAUACAUCCUCCACCUCCCCAUCCACUUCCCCCAACCUUCUCCUCACAGAAGAAACACAGGAGGCCCCUGCUUGCUUUGUGAGCUCCUUAUCCGAGAUUGGAGAUGAAGUUGGGGAGGAAAAGGGGCGAGUAGGACCAGAACGGGAGGAGGAAAGAGCUCAAGACUUCUGCCUGUAUCAUCCUGAAGAUUUUGUUCUUAAUUCCCGGAUUGGUAUAACAGACACGGUGAUCCUUGAGGAGGACGAAGCUCUAAAAUCGGAAGAGAUCAAUAUUUCAAGAGAAAGUUGUCGUCCUUGCUGGGUGACUGAGGAUGCAUCCCCUCUAAGAAGCAGCAGUACCAGUGACUCCCAGGAGGAUGGGGGAGAGUCUGAAAGUUCACUCUGCCCACUGGAAGAGGCCGGCGCCGGGAGAGCUGAGUAUUCUAGACCCAUGCAGACGGGCCUGAGGCUGCACCUGGAGGCAUGUAUAUCAGAGGAACAUUACGGACAGAUGGACAGCCACCCAGAACGUCCCUCCACUGCCUUGACCCCUGACACAGAGAACAUGACCAUGGCUUCAUCCAGCCUUAGCCCUGACUCACCUGUCCUCCCCUUUGAUGCCUUCUGUCCUGGAGCUUUUGACCACCUUGGCCCCAGUUCUUUCAUUCUCUCACAGGCAGCCUGUGCUGACGAUAUACCCGACGACGAGAGGAUGAUCCCUGCCUCCCUGAUCUCCUUUCCCCUCCACACCAGCCUCAUCUUUAAGGCUGAUUCAAUGGAAAUCACGCUGUUCCCCACAGAGGAAGAGAAUGAAAUAGAUGUUAAUGACAGAAAUGAAGGAAAGGAUGCAUAUGCUGCAGGAGAGGAGGAGGCAGAUGUUGAAGAUGAUGAUGAUGAUGACGACGAUGAUGAAGACGAUGAUUACGAUUAUGAUGAUGAUGAUGGCAAUGCGAAUGGAGCUGCACACAGUGAUGAAGAUGAGGAAAAUAAUAAACAUGAUGAUGAGGCAGGUGAGGAAGCUAAGGUAGAAGUGAAAGUGGUAGAAGAAGAGGAAGAGGAGGAAGAACAAGAGCAGGAUGAUGAUGAUGAUGAUGACGAUGAAGAGGAGGAGGAGUGUGAUAGCAAAGCAGUGGAGGAUCCUACAGAUGAAGACAGCUCAGCAUCUUUUCUUCAUUCACUCUCAGAAACAUCUAUCAACGAGGGCUUGGAUGAAUCCUUCUGCUUCCAAGACGAUACAGAUGACUCAUUAGAUUCCGCCUCCUAUAAUGGGGAGGAAGAUGAACGUCUAUACAGCACUGAGAGGCAUGCACAAUCACUAGAGCCCACAGCAGCAGACGGACCCGAUCAGUCUGAAAUCCAACCAGAACGUGAACAGAUGUCUACCACUGGAGCAGGUCACACUGAACCUUUGCAUAUACAACUGAGCAUGGACAUAGAAGUGGAUCACCCCAACACAUCCUGUCCUUCUGAAGCCAUUGCUGUCCACCCUAAAGGCAACAAUAAAGAACCUGUGGGUGACCCACAGUCAGACCCUGAACUGGGAUCUAUGGAUGGAACAGGGCGGACACAAACUUCAGAAGUGAGCACAGACAAACAAGUGGAUCACCAGAAACUGCAGAGUCCUUCAGAAGCAAAUUCUUGCCAUCCAGAAUCCUCCAGCAACCUCAGCAAGAGUGGGAAUGAGAAUGAAACGACAGAUAAUGCUGUUUCUUCCAACCCUCCUGUUGUCAUCCAAGCCUCACCUGACCCUGAUACUGAAUCCCAAACUUUUCCUCCAUCUGUCUCACCUGUGCAGGAGUUCAGCUCAGUCCUUCCAGAAGAAUCAGCUGAGGAAAAGGCCCAAGUGCAAGAUUUGCAAUCACAAAGUGAGUGUUCAGGAGCAGAGCCCUCAAAAGAACCAGAGAGAGACUCUUUUAAAUUGCUCAUCAAGCCUCGUCAUUACCACUCUGAAAGCCAAAGGACUGUAGGAGCAAGUAGAGUUGUGUUAUCAAAAUCUUUCUCCAGUAAAUAUGACGUGCCUGUCGGGGCAGAAGCCAUGUGUAGGUCCAGUAUUCAGUCUGACACUGAGCUUGACCAGAAGAAUGGCAAUGCCUCAGCUGAAUCUAUGAGUAUGGAGUGCAGAAUUAGUGAGUCCGGUCCCUCUCUGAAUAUGGUCACUGCUACCAAUGACCUGAAUAAAGGCGUUCUUCUGCUGUCCUGCCCAAAAGACUCAAUCCCCAACCCCAGUAAUAUCCCCGUUUCUGCCUCUGCCAUCUCAGAACUUGGUGACAAUCUGGCCCUGACGCCUGAACACUGCCCCGGUGACUCUGCACAGGAGAACCUGCGAGAAAACACCCUGAGUACCGAUGAGGGGAUCCUGGGAGCAGUCGGAUCCCCACACUCCCCUCUUGCCAUCUCACCCAAAAGGGAAAACUCAGAAACAGACACAAGCAGAGAGAUUGGUCCUGGAGCUGGAGCUUGGUGUGAUGCCAGGAUGGGGCUGGGCUUCGGUCUUGGUUUAGGAUCAGGGGCUGAAUUUGGUGUCUGGGGAGCUGGUGAGUCUCUCUCCUUGUCUCUGGGGAAGAGAUACGAGUUAGAGACGGAAAGCCUGCUUAUGUGUGAUACCGAGGGCCAAAGCACACAGACGUCGAUGGUUCCUAACAUGACCAGUGAAGUGUGUAAAAAUUAUGACAAUGUUCUGGGCUCUAUUCUGGAUGAAGAAGAUAACAACAGUCUGUGUGGAAGGAAGGACCAAGUAAUGGAUGAAGAACUGGUCGGAGAGGCAGCUUCUGAGUCCAACUUGGCCCGUUGGAAGUCCAUCGAGGAGAUCUCAGAGGCAGGGGGAGGAGAGGACGGAAGUUCCAGAUUCCCAGAGGACGACGUCAGCAAUCUAAACCCAAACAAUGAAGGAGAUAACACACAAAUACAAGACACUUGGAGGAAUUCUAACAAUAACAAUGACUCUGUCUUUGACUCUUUGGAAGUAGGAAUAUAUGGAAGCCUGAAUGCUCUAUCAGAGGAAGUGAGACACCAGAAAGUGAGUGUCAGUGCUAGAGAGUCUGUGUCUAAUAUUCCACUUGAAGAGAUGCCACCUCAGGUUUCGGCUGUGAUUCCUGAUAAAGAGCAAGAACCAACAGACAGAUCUAUAAACCAGACAUCUGACAUAAUGCAGACACCAUUCUCCAAGGAAGGUAUCUGUGGCAUCUCAGUGCCAGUAGUUGAAACUCACACAGAUGCAAUAAACAAACAUUUCAACUCGCUCGAUAAAUUGAGAUGUCAUACUAAUCCGGAAUGUCAGACAAUCCCUCCAAAUUCAACAUUUUCUUUACUACAGGGAUCUUUUGGAUCCUUCACUCCUAAAUGCAGGUCUGACAAUUCCAGACCAAGUAGAGCUAGUCAAGACAAGGUGGAAAAUACUGGUUCUCCGUCAGAAACAGACAUGGUGAAGCCUCAGACCGAAGGCCAAAGAAAAUGCGAUGUCAGUCCUGUGACUGACAGAAUUGUUGAUGAACCAAAGACUAAAGAUGCCUUUAGAGGAGAGCAGUGUGUUGUUUGUAACUCAGGGGAUGACGAUGAGGAAGAGAAAGUGGGAGGAAAAGCAAAAAAGAGUGGCGAAAAUAAAGAUAAGAGGAACAAAAAGGAAAAAAAAUCCUCUUCUGCACAGAAUGGCCAAGAGCACUUUGCAUGUCACACCCCUAAGGGGGGACUUUGCACAGAUACACCGAUUGCUGCUAAGAAAGGGAGGAGAGGGAAGAACAAACAGAGGGCAUCCCAGACAGGCGGUCAUGGCGACUCCAGCCCUGAAUCUGUAGACGAUUCAAAGAAACCUUCUGUUCCAUUAAAUACCACAGCAGAUGGAUGGUCAAAGGGGAACUCAGACAAUUCUAAGACUAAGAAAGGCAGCAGUGCCAACAACAACUUUUCACCGCCUGAUUGUCAACAGAGGACAUCCGGUACAAACAAAGUUGAAGCCAGUUCACAGAUGCAAGGGAAUAACAGUCCCAGUCCUGAUGUCAAAACUCCCAGCCAUGGACACUCCAACUCUGCCACACUUACCCCAGACAAUCUCAACAUUGUGAUGGCAGUGAACCAAAAUUUACAGCAGAACCAGGAGGUUCUUGAUAACAGACAACUGCCUGAUAGUCAGGGAGGGCUCACAGUGGACAUUAAUGACAACAACAUAAACCCAGGCCACAGCCCACCUACCCAUAACACCAUAUCAUACUCUCUGACCCCACCGUCUUCCUCGGCAUCUCCUAUUUCCUCCUCUUCAUCCUCCUCCUCUCUACCUUUUGCCUCAACAGAGCCAGAGAAUGAUCUUCCCACACCUGUGCAGGAAUCCCAACCUGUCCUCUCUGCCCUACAACAAACUUCACAGUCCAUGUGCCACACUACCUUUCCCACAUCACAGCGAGCCCCUGAUUCCAGAUUUCUUCCUAACAACAACCUCCAAGAGGUCACUGAUGUCUUUUCUACAUCAAGUAUCCCUGCCACAAGUGUCUCUUCGCCCUCAUUCUCCACUGGCAUUCCGCUAAGCCUGUUCCAAGCUACCCAGGAGUUGUCUUCAGCCAGCUCGGGGACAUUAGACUCAGUAUGUCCUCCAGACUCUAGUUCCCAUCCUCAGUCUCGGUCAUAUUCACAGUCUCAGGCGAAUGCCACCAUCCAGUCUCACAAACAAACAAAGCAAGGUCACACAUGGAGCUCACAAGACCGAUGCAGGGGUCCUAGUUUGGCUGAGGAGGAGACGGACAGCGAGGAUGAUAGUGGACUAACUCGACAUGUUCAAAGAUCUCAGUCCAGAGCAGCUGCAGGAAACAGAAAUGGAUCACUGCAGAAUGAGUCUGGCAUAGCCAAUCAACGGGAAAUCCAGCCUUUCUCUACCCACAGACUACCUGAGAGGCAGUCAGGCUGUCCAAUCAACCACAGCCACAACAUUUCUGAAGAGAUCGACCUCUCCUUCAAAAACAACUGCUCUAUACUGGCUUCCUGUAAUGAGUCUGAGAGUGAAGGGUCGGUGCCUGAGCUGGAAGAACCAGAACCACUGAGACCAUCAGAGCCACAGUCUAUCUCCUCUGCAGAUGAAGGGCUGAACAGACCAAAACAGAGCCGCAGUGAGAAGAAGGCCCGCAAGGCCAUGUCUAAACUGGGUCUGAAGCCAGUCCAUGGUGUAACCAGAAUCACUAUCAGGAAGUCAAAGAGCAUCUUGUUUGUCAUCAGCAGACCAGAUGUAUUCAAAAGCCCCGUAUCAGACAUCUACAUUGUAUUUGGAGAGGCAAAGAUCGAGGAUCUUUCUCAGCAGGCUCACAAAGCUGCUGCAGAGAAAUUCAAGGUGCCUGUGACCUCGUCUCCUUUAGCUCCACCUGUCCCACCGAGCCUCACCAUCAAGGAGAGUGAAGAGGAGGAAGAGGAGGUGGACGAGGGCGGUCUGGAGCAGAGGGACAUCGAGCUGGUGAUGGCUCAGGCCAACGUGUCACGAGCCAAAGCCGUCCGUGCACUGAAACACAACAAGAAUGACAUUGUGAAUGCUAUCAUGGAGCUGACCAUGUGAGCGGUGAGGACGUCGUGGCUCCUGCCUCCCUUAUUCCAGCCUAUAAAGCCUAAAACACCACUGACUCUUCUGUAUCGCUGCUGCUGUAUGUUGCAUCCCCAAAAUAUCUGCUAAAUAAAGUCUGUUCCAACGUAGGCUCUGA